AGCCUGCCAUUUUUUUGACCGGGGGUGUUGCGAAGCGCCGAGCGAGAGGCUUGACACGGGAGCGCAGUGGGAUGGGAGCAGAGAGAGGAGCCUGCCUGCAGUCCUGACACAACCGAGCGGAGCAGCAGCAGCAUCGAGAGGCACUGAGGAGCCAGACCAGUCUCCUCUGCGAGCGGGAUCACACACUCAUACACACACACACACACACACACCUGAAGGCCGCAGAGCACCACAGGGAUUACAAACCCGGAGGUAUACAGCCUGACAGCAACUUAAAAAAAACACAGAAGAACAAAAAACCUGCAGCGCCUUCAACGUACAGCUCCGCUUCUGCAAGUGCACUUAGACUUUGUUCCCUCCUCGCAGAAACAGUCUUUAUUUUCAUGAGAACUUAAUGACUCAGCGGAGCCUGUGAUGGAUUUGAUGAUGAAUGUGCGCGCAUGAGUUUAUCCGUCAGCACCUCUGACCUUUCUGUGGAUUUCGGGUGAAAUCUUUGGACUUCCUUUACUGACGAGAUCAGCCGGACUCUGCAGCUUCUGAAUCAACUGGAAGAGCUUCAUCCGCCUCCAUCCAACAUGCGACCCAUCCCAUCCAGACUCAGCUAUCUGUUUCUACACUUAUUUGCGUUUUGCUACUAUGCUCAGGUAACCAAUCAGUCCCCGCCUAAUUUCACGCAGCAUGUAAGCGAGCAGAGCAAAGUGACGGACCGCGUGAGCCGCAGGUUGAUCCGGAUCUACCAGCUGUACAGCCGGACCAGCGGCAAGCAUGUGCAGGUCCUGCCCAACAAGAAGAUCAACGCCAUGGCCGACGACGGAGACGUGCACGCUAAACUCGUCGUGGAAACGGACACGUUCGGGAGCAGAGUACGCAUCAAGGGAGCUGAGACAGGCUUCUACAUCUGCAUGAACAAGAGGGGGAAGCUCAUCGGCAAGAAAAACGGACAAGGCCGCGACUGUAUCUUCACUGAGAUCGUUCUGGAGAACAACUACACGGCCCUGAGGAACGCCCGCUACGAGAGCUGGUACAUGGCCUUCACCCGCCGCGGGCGGCCACGGAAAGGCUCACGGACACGCCAGCACCAGCGCGAGGUCCAUUUCAUGAAGAGGCUGCCGAAGGGGCAGCAGCCCGCCCACCCAAGCCACCACCACCCUUUCGACUUCAUCCACUACCCCUUCAGUCAAAGGACUAAACGUACGCGAUACUCGUCAGAGCGUUGAGUAGGGGGAAGAAGAUAGGAAAGACAGAGGGAAAGAGGAGAAACUGACUGACUGACUGACUGAAUUACCAGCAGCCGACACACUCCUCUGCUCUCACAGAAAACCUCUAGAGACAUUUUUUAUACUGAGCAUUACUAUAUCUUAAUGUGUAGUUUGAUUUCUAUUUUUCUCAAAGUAAAAAAAAACUGUACAUAAACAAAAAAAAACAAACAUGAGAAAUCUAUUUUUGUACUCCAGACUUAGUACUGACCUGUGUAAAAAACAAAAACAAAAAGAAAAGUUUGUUUUUAGAUGCACAUAACUCAUCGUCUGACUUACCGGGGACAUGUUAGUAGUGUUGUUUUGGUUUAGUUUUUUGUUUCAUUUUGACCAGUGGAGUCAUUUUUUGGACUCUCGCCUGCUGCUCAAGGAGACUUGAAGGGCCCUGAUUGACCGCACUGCCAGGGAACGCUGCGCUUCGGAGACACAAACUGUCACACACUGCGUCGGAGAGCGAGUGUUCUGCUAGAUGCUGCAUCCCGACUGGGAUCAUUCUGUAUCUUUCUCACACGGUUCGAGUGAAACAGAGCUUCAACAGCGUCUGAUGGAACAAUGUGGCAGCUACAUUUGAUAAUCACAGGUUUCCUGUUCCUGUUUCCUGUUCUGUAAUGUUGACGUGUACAAAAUGCAUUGAAGUGUAAGGAACCCCUCAACACACCCACUGCCCCCUGCCCUCUUGUGGUCUUGUUGCCCCCCUGAAUGUCUGUUUUUAUACAUAUAUAAAUAUAUUUUUAUUUGAGGAUGUGUAAAAUAAUUUUAAGGAUGGAAUAUUUAUUUAAAAUGUGUAAUAAAUGUACAUUAAAAUACUGAUAAUAAACUCUUGUUUGGUA